AUGCCCAAGGUCGUGGACCCCAAGUCGCUGAGCGCGCCCAUCGUGUCGGCCAUCACGGAGAACGACCUCUACGCCAAGUACAAGACCAUGGAGCAGGAGAAGGACUUUUUGGACGUCCAGGAGCAGUACAUCAAGGACGAGAUCAAGAACCUGAAGCGCGAGCUCAUCCGCGCCAAGGAGGAGAUCAAGCGCAUCCAGAGCGUGCCCCUCGUCAUCGGCCAGUUCAACGAGAUGGUCGACGCGACCUACGGCAUCGCGUCGUCGACGGCCGGGUCCGUCUACUACGUCCGCGUGCUGUCGACGCUCGACCGCGAGAAGUUGAAGCCGAACUCGUCCGUCGCGCUCCACCGCCACAGCCACAGCGUCGUCGACGUGCUCCCCCCCGAGUCCGACUCGACGAUCCAGCUCAUGAUGGAGAAGCCCAAGGUGACCUACAAGGACAUCGGCGGCCUCGACGUGCAGAAGCAGGAGAUGCGCGAGGCCGUCGAGUUGCCGCUCACGCAGUUCGAGCUCUACAAGCAGAUCGGCAUCGACCCGCCGCGGGGCGUGCUCAUGUACGGCCCGCCGGGCACGGGCAAGACCAUGAUGGCCAAGGCCGUCGCGAACUCGACGACGGCGUCGUUCAUCUCCGUCGUCGGCUCGGAAUUCGUGCAAAAGUACCUGGGCGAGGGCCCGCGCAUGGUCCGCGACGUCUUCCGCCUCGCGCGCGAGAACGCGCCGGCCAUCAUCUUCAUCGACGAGAUCGACGCCAUCGCGACGAAGCGCUUCGACGCGCAGACGGGCGCGGACCGCGAGGUCCAGCGUAUUCUCCUCGAGCUCCUCAACCAGAUGGACGGCUUCGACCAGUCGACGAACGUCAAGGUCAUCAUGGCGACGAACCGCGCCGACACGCUCGACCCGGCGCUCCUCCGGCCCGGGCGCCUGGACCGCAAGAUCGAGUUCCCCGCGCCGGACCGGCGCCAGAAGCGCCUGGUCUUCCAGGCCUGCACGGCGAACAUGAACCUGAGCGACACCGUGGACCUCGAGGACUACGUGUCGCGCCCGGAGCGCGUCUCCGCCGCGGACUGCAGCGCCAUCGCCAACGAGGCGGGCCUCCACGCGGUCCGCGAGAACCGCUACGUCGUCAUGCCCAAGGACCUCGACGCGGCCUACAAGAAGCACGUCAACAAGGCCGACACGGACUUCGCCUUCUACACGCACUAG